GCAAAGCGCAUCGAGGCGCGAAGGCCUGUGGCAUCGCUUGGAAAGGAUGGUUGGAAGCCGGACAACCUGAGGCCGUCGGGCUUUUGUGUUCCCUUGUCCACGCCCCCCAAUGUUGUCGCUGCGCGGCUAGUUGUCUUCCUUCAGGUAGAUUCAUUGUCUCUUCGGCAGUUGUUGCUCCCGACGUGGUCGCUUCGGGAGUUCGACGCGGGCCGCGACGGUGGCAACCGAAGGGCCGGGCUUCUCUUGUCACUCGCCUUACAUCAAAAAAAGCAACGCGCCCCCCUGAAGGCUGGGCGAUUUUUCGUACUCACCCGGGCGAGUAGCAUAGCGUAGCCUCCUCGUGUAGUGUGGCUGGCCUUUGUUUGCGGCGCCUCCCACCUCCGCGGCCCGCCCCGAACUGCCUACGGCCGGCGGACGGGGUGCCCUCUGCCCGGCGCUUUCCUUUCACUAACCGGCGCAAGGCGCUCGGCCGGUGAGGUCGUGGAUAGAUGCUCGCCAAGGAUGGUGCGCGAGCGGUACAACACCACGAGCGGGCGAUGAGUAGUGGGAGUCUGCUUGCGGCUAUUGGCCCCAAAGCGUGCAUUGCGUGGGAUGACGACGAGACCUUGGCCAGGUUCUGUGGUGAGGCAUGGCAACUGCUGACUUUUUUUGCAAAAUGAUCCUUGCCACAGGUGUCCAGCGGCACCGUGAAAGUCUGAAGCCUUGAAAUUUUGAAUUUGGUUUGAAUUCGAUUUGAAAAAGAAUUAAUUUUCGGCGACUUUGGAUUUAAAAAAGAAAAAAGACGACGUCGAUCGCCUGAACCACGACUCUGAUGUUGAUGAAGCAGCAGAAUACAGAAAGGAACCACACGAAUUCGCUUUUCGAACUCUCUUGGAUUUCUUCCACCAACAAAUGGUGGAACUAGUAGUGUGCUUAUUUUUUUAAUGAUAGAAGAUGAACAAGAACAAAGAGAAGAUACUAGUGUAUUUAGAUUUACAUUUUCUCCUAUGAUGUAGAAGACUAUGCGUAUGUGCUGUUGGAGGUGCAGAAUAUUUUUUUAUUCUAGUUUUAUCCUUAGCCUCAAUCGUUUCACUAGUCGGCGUCUUUCGAAAAGGCAAAGCUCCUUUUUUUGACGAAGCGCUUUACUUUUUUGUUCCCAAGUGUCGCCGAUAUUUUUUUAUUUUUUUUGAAGCUGGUGCAUGCGGUGUUUUUUUUAAAAAAAUUGCAGAAACAACAGAGCAGGCCGGAAAAGGAAACCGAAGAAGGACCUCUAUUAACCAAACAAGAUCGAUGAAGUGUCGGCUAAAAUAAAUGGCAUCAAAACUACGGUAUGUAGAUGACAAGUUGGAGGCUCUGGUACGCACAGACUAAGAACGCUGCAGUGCUCCAGAUGUGGUGGUGGAGUGUGGAAGUAUGUAGCGUCACAGACCUUAGCCACGAUGCAAGAUUCUUGAAGCAAUAAAUAUAGUACGUACUAGGUGAAGUGAGUUCGCCGAACGGCAGUUGUUCUAGCCCAUGCUUAU